CUGACGUCGAACCGUGUCGCCCUUGCAAACGAGUGCUGAGAAAAAAUAGCCAUAUUUUACCAACUGUUCUUUUUAACCCUAGAGGUAAUCUUAAAAUUUCGGACUAAUGGCUUGGGUAAAAUCUGUUUCAGUUGUCAGCGAGGAUAUCUUUGACGAAGAUGGAAAUGAUAUUAUUCUUCAGCAUAAAGAGUGGAACAACAAUAUGUCGAAACGAGUAAAGGACGGCUACAGGGAUGGUGUUGACGCAGGGAAGGAGGCAUCACUGCAACGUGGUUUUAACAUUGGUUAUAGGGAGGGAGCGGAACAAAUGUCCGUGGUUGGACAGUUGAAAGGAAUCCUGAGUGCAUUGCAGUGCUGGUGUCAGCUGCAGCAUCCAGGCUCCCCGGCAUUCUUCUCCGUCAGCCAUCUCCUCCAGGAUGUGUCCAGGCAUGAGGAGGGUCUGAUUGAGAGGAUGAAGAUGAGCAUGGGGCAGCAGCGCCCUCCGCCCAGUGUCGGGGAGAUCACAGAGGGCGUCGAGGACCUGGGGAUGGAGCACAGCAGCACGGGGUGUGGGGGCGGCGGCUGCAGCAAGGAGGACUGUUGCAGGGAGGAGCAGUCGCCAGACGGAGGCCCUGCCGCGCUGCAAGCCCCCUGCCAGGGCAACACACACCCUGCCUUGAGUGCAGGGGAAAGCAUGGAACAGUUAUUGAAGAGCUGUAUGGACUUGGUGGUGGAACUGGGCCUCCCAGAGGAGCUGUUUGGUCAUUUGCAACAGCUGAGUAACCUAUAGCUGUGCCAAUAGCGUUCACACUCAUAAACUAUGCAUAGAUUGUAAACCAAAUAAAACCUUGUUUUUAAUUGCAAGGAAAGAAAAGCUUGUCGUUUCCUGCGGUUUGUCAGGGCUAGUAUGAAGAGGAAAAACACUAUCCCUUUAUGAACCAUGUUGAGAUUUUGAACGUAUUGAACAAAUGGCCACUUAGAGUAGACAUUAGAUUUUUUGCUGAAAAUUACAUGCCAGACAUGGUGUGUUAAUGUCCCAGUAAAAACAUGAAAUUAUUUCCAACUUGAUCUUAAGAAUGGGGUAAACAAGACUCAUUUGUGUGGCAUGAAUUGGCAGUGUAAAUAAAAUUACAUUUUAUUUUCAUUCCAUUUUUUGACUUGUCAUGUAGUGUUAAGAGGUAUUUAUAUUCUGAAACUGAGUAUUAAAAUAUGUAUAUUUACUGUUGUUUUGAAAGAGGCAGUCAUAUCAGCAUGUACAGGAGAUGAAACAGUGGACCUGAGGAUCUAUUGUUGCCAAAAUAUUAAAUAUAGUUGGUAAACAGGUUGCACAUGUUAUGUAGGCCUGGUAAAUUGUACUUGAUUUGGUUGUCUGAAAAUAGAACAAAUCAUGUAAAUGCUAUUAUUUAUAAUGAUAACAUUGUGUCACAAGUUAUUUCAUGUUGUUUUCCAAAACAAUAAAGAAUAUAAAAUGAU